CAGUGCAAAUGGCUGAAACUGAAGCCGUCGCUGGCGGCGUGGCAAAGCUGGCCUGCGAUAUGCAUGUCUCGGAUGCAACGUUCGAAGACAAGGUGACGCUCGUCAUAUGGUUCAAGGAGGGUGUCUCAUCCCCGAUCUACAGUAUACGUUCAGCUUUGGUUGGUUCGGUCUUCAACGUCAUAUCUAAUCGAUGA